CUUCAGCUCCUGACCACCUUCUUCCCCAAAGACAUCACCACAGGUACAUAAAAGAUGAGUAGGUUGAUGUGCAUACUUACUGGAAUAUCAAGUACAGCUGAUCAGGCUAGCUGUCUCUGACUCCACUAUGUCUUCUGAGAAGCAAAUAAAUGAUUCUUCCCUAGAGAACCAGGAACAGGAGCAACAGAAUCUCUUGAGGCGGGUGGCCAGUCUGCCCUUGGUCAGCUCUGCCUAUGACAUGGCUGCAACUGCCUACACCUCCACCAAGGAGAGCCACCCCUACCUAAAGUCCUUGUGUGAUGUGGCAGAGAAAGGAGUGAAGACCAUUAGUGAGGCUGCAGCCAGCAGGGCACAGCCAAUUCUGACUUCAUUUGAACCACAGAUUGCAGCAGCAAAUGAAUAUGCUAUUAAGGGACUGGACACACUGGAAGAAAAGCUGCCAAGUCUUCAAAUUACAGCAGAUAAGGCUGCUUCAGACACUAAGGAGCUGGUGCUAUCCAAAGUGGAAGCUGCCAGCAGAUUCUCCAGCUUAGUAGAUGUGACCAGAGAUGCUGUGCAAGAGAGCGUGGAGUCCACCAAGUCAGUUAUGACCCAAAGUGUGAACACAGUCAUGGGCUCAAGAAUGGGCCAGAUGGCUGUGAGUGGUGUGGAAGCAGUGCUGGAGAAAUCGGAGGAGCUGUUAGAUCAAUAUCUCCCCAUAACAGAUGAGGAACUAGCUGAACUUGCAACAUCUAUAAAGGAGGAUGGAGUGGCUCCUCUCCAGCCUCAAAGUUACUUUGUGCGCUUAGGCUCCCUGUCAAGCAAACUCCGCCACCGUGCCUACCAGCAUUCUCUAGCCAAGAUUAAAAAUACCAGGCAGAGUAUCCAAGAGACUCUCUCCCAGCUUCAUCAAACCAUUGAUCUGAUUGAAUAUGUGAAGCAAGGAGUGGAUCAGAAGCUUCAAGAUGGCCAAGAGAAGCUCCACCAAAUGUGGCUGGACUGGAGCAAGAGGCAGACAGGAGGGAGUGAGGACACAGACUUGAUACAAGCUGAGCAACUGGAGUCUCAUGCUCUGACAAUGUUUCAGAGCAUUAUACAGCAGCUGCAGGUAACCUGCUUGACCCUAAUGUCAAGCAUCCAAGGCUUCCCCUCCAACAUCCAGGAUAAGGUGCAGCAGGUUCGCCACAGCACAAAAGAGCUCCAGGCUUUGUUCUCCACAGUCCACUCUUUUCAAGACCUCUCCAGCAGAAUCCUGACCCAGAGCCGCAAACAGGUCACCAAAGCCCAGGGCUACAUGGAUGAGCUGCUAGAGUACAUAGUGCACAACACUCCUCUGUCCUGGCUAGUGGGACCCUUCAUGCUGUCUGGUAAAAUACCAGAAGAAGCCAUGGAACCAUCUGAAUGAGGGUGGGAAAGACUAAGUGGCUUCCAUAAUCAGCUCUGUCAAACUUACUGCAGCUCACUUGUAAAGGACCAAAUUUUCCUUAACACUUUUAGAGUGAUUAACAAAUAAGGUCUGAAAGCCUAAACCUUUGUGCAGCCACUUCCUGACAUUAGAUUGAAUUGUUUUUUCAUUGUAGGAAAUGAAGCUGCUUGCAGCUCCUGGCUCAAAUGUUCUUCACCACAAUACCGGAGAGGCACUUUCUCCCCUGGAUAGCAUAGGGUAGAACUCAAUCGCCCAUCUUGCAUGGGCUGCAUGCUACCUGGGGCUGAGCUAAGAUAAAAACAAUGAUUGCUAUUUAGAAAGCAAAAAUCAAUGAUGUCACCAGAAGUGAGGGUGACAUAUGAAUGUAAAACAAUACAUAAGCUGCAUACUACAUUCCAGGAACUCAACUUGGAGAAGUUCUUGCUAGACCUCUAAGACUUCCUUCUUAAAGCAGUGAGAAAUGGUACUAAAUACACCUUCAGCUCUAGGUGUCUCAUGUGGAUUGCUGAACAAGUCCAUUGACAUACACAUGCACUAGAAAGGCAGUGUGUGUGCUGUUACUCAGAUGACUGUAACCAUACCCCACAGGCUAGUGUACUGGUGACUACCUAUACACUUGUUUUGGUAACUGGCUCACUCAUAUUCCCUUGUCACUUCUCCUCAAAUUGCUGUAGUAGAGAAC